GUGGGUGCGCGGGAGGCGGUGGAAGUAACCACUUCUGCUGCUCCUGGCCUUGGCACUGCAGCCGUGCGUCGGCUUCAGUUCUGUGACUCGAGAGCCCUAAAGGACUUGGGUGAUGGAGUCCAAGCCCCUCAUUGUGGAGACGAGAGACCCAGGGAGCACCUCAGUAACCUCUGCCAAAGUGGCUGUGAAUGGUGUCCACUUGCAUUAUCAGCGGACUGGAGAGGGAGAGCAUGCGGUCCUGCUGCUUCCUGGAAUGUUGGGAAGUGGAGAGACUGAUUUUGGACCUCAGAUUAAGAACCUCAAUAAAAAGCUCUUCACAGUGGUUGCCUGGGAUCCUCGAGGAUAUGGACAUUCCAGACCCCCAGAUCGAGAUUUCCCACUGGACUUUUUUGAAAGGGAUGCAAAAGAUGCAGUUGAUUUGAUGAAGACACUGAAGUUUAAGAAGGUGUCCUUGUUGGGGUGGAGCGAUGGUGGUAUUACAGCACUCAUAGCAGCUGCAAGAUAUCCAUCUUACAUCAAUAAGAUGGUGAUCUGGGGAGCCAAUGCCUACGUGACUGAGGAAGAUGAAACCAUUUAUCAGGGUAUCAGAGAUGUUUCUAAAUGGAGUGAGAGAACAAGAAAACCUCUAGAAACCUUAUAUGGGUAUGACUACUUUAGCAAAACCUGUGAGAAGUGGGUGGAUGGCAUAAAACAAUUUAAACAUCUUUCAGAUGGGAAUAUCUGUCGGCACUUGCUGCCCCUGGUUCAGUGCCCCACCUUAAUCGUGCAUGGGGAGAAGGAUCCUCUGGUCCCACGUUUCCAUGCCGACUUCAUACACAAACAUGUGAGAGGGUCACGGUUGCAUUUGAUGCCAGAAGGCAAACACAACCUGCAUCUACGUUUUGCAAAUGAAUUCAAUAAGUUAGCAGAAGACUUCUUACAAUAAGAAUGCCCACUGCUGGGAGCUGGGCAUUCCUUAGUGUGGGGCUUCA